AGUGGAGUAAGUGGGAAGUAUUAAAUUAUGUGGUGCUGAUGAAUGGUAAUUAGGUUGAAUGCUGCUGCUGGGGCGCUGGGGAGAGGGGAGGGAGUUGUUUGGAUAGGUAGGUUUGUCUUUGCUUUUGCUUCAGUUCUUCUAGGUGUGUGGGGUAUGAGUUGACGGUUGUUCUUUGGGAUGAUUGAAGAUACGGCAUCGCCGCUUCCUAGGCCUCGACUGCGCAAAUUACUCGAGUUGCAGUCUCCUGCAUCGUCAUCAUCUCCCAGUUCUCUGACGGAAAAUCUGACGUAUAUUCGUGCCCCCACACUUCCUCACCUCCUCUCUCUCUUCCAUCAUCCGCCUGCUUCUUUUCCACCCCCAAACACAACUCUCCUUGUCAUUGAUUCUGUCUCUGCCCCAUUUACUCCUUACUUUCCUAACCCCAGUGAUAUCAACCAACCGCAGCAAGCGCAGAGGGAUGUCCAGAAGUGGCUCACGGCGCGGAAGUGGAAUGUUAUAAGCGACCUUGCUGCUCAGUUGACGAAGUUCGCGAGCAGGGCGAAUCUGGCAGCCUUGGUUAUCAACCAGACGCAUACCCGGAUUCGGGGACAGGUGAGGGCAACACUGUCUCCCAUAUUGAGUGGAAGAGGGUGGGAAUCGUGCGUUCGUGCUCGGGUUGGUGUUUAUGGUGAUCUAGGGUAUGGUGUGGAUGGCGGACGCGUGAGAGUUGCGGAGGUUAUGAAGAGGGAUGGGAGGCUUGUCACUGUUAGGGACGUUACAAGCGUAGUGCCUUUUCGGGUUGCAAAUGAUGGAUUGUAUGCUGUUGAGAUGGGGCUCGAAAAUAAUGAAGAGGAAGGCGUCGCUGUACAAGUCAGGGGGAAGCAAGCACAGGAUGAAGAAACGCUUGAACAGGAGGAGCCAUUGGAGGAGGAACCGGUGGAGGAGGAAGAGCCAGAGCUUGAGGAUUACCAAGCACAAGAGGAGCCUGCAGAGGGAGACCCUGCACAAGAAGAGCCCGCGCAAGAAGGGCCAGCGCAAGGAAAGCCUGACCAAGAAGAGCCUGCACAGGAAGAGCCCGCAAAAGAAGAGCCUGCACAAAAGGACCUUGCGCAAGGAGUGUUGGUGCGUGAAGAGCCUCUGCACAAUGGGCACGCACAGGAGCACAUAGAGAAGGUGCAGACUCAGGAGAUUCAAGCACACAACGAGCAAGCACAAGAUGUCCGCUCCGACUUGGCUCAAGAUACUGCAAGCCAGCGAAAGCGAAAGGCAGAGGAGAUUGCGGACAGCCAGGAUGAGGAAGAUUCGGAAGCGGAGUUUGAAUAGGUCAAAGGUGACGAGGCUUGGAUGACUAGCAGAGGAUCGAAGCAUCACCUGUUUCAAAGUAGAGUCCUAUGUAUACCCAUUGUUUGGAUAGGAUGCAGUGCAUAUGGUAUUAUAAAUCCAGCCCAUCUCACCAGCACCAACGCUAUGAAUGAGCAUGUGGAAUGAUGUUGUCAAGGAAGAGUUAUGAGUGUCAGCAGUGAUCGUCAUUUGGCCGCUGAACCCAAUUUGAAAGCUCCC